AGCACCAUAUAUCGAUUUCUGUGUACUUCGAAUCGCGAAGAAAUCAGCUCGAGAGUGUCGCGCUGGCACCGCAUUUGGUUGCAGUACUUAUUUUUGAGGUUUUCAUUCGACUGCUGGACGUUUUUUUUUUCCGCUUUGCGUGUUCCCUUCCCGCCUGCUCGUACACGCUGCAGUUUUGCGUCCUCGCUGUUCUUCUUCUUCUCGCUUAUACAAUAGAUUUACUCUCUCAUUUUUUACUUCUCGACAUUGUCAUCUCGGAGCCACAAUGGAGGCGAUCGACGGCGCCGAAGACGGCGGCAAGCAGCACAGCAACGCGUCCUACGCAACGUCGUGGGUCGCCAACGGACUUUCCUGGGCCAACCAGCCCGAUAAGCCCUUCCGCUUCGCCAUCUCCUCGUACAUCAAAGACUACCGCAACUACGUCGACAUAGUGGAGAAGAACGACGACAACGUUCUUGUGUGCCGCGCCACCUGGGAGCACUGCUACCCCCCAACAAAAGUCAUGUUCCCUCCACGCCCCCUGCAGUCGGACGUUGUCAUCACCACGGCAGACUACCUGCGCCUGUGGGAGAUCACGGAAGGGCCGCCGAAGGCAGAGAAGAACACCGCUGCCCGCGGCGACGCGCGCCAGGCCGCCAAGAUGGAAACGGUGGAUUCCAAAGUCGCAAUGAAACGGGUGUUUGACAGCGCGAAGCCCAACGAUUUCUGCUCCCCCGUCACUUCCUGCGACUGGAACAACGAGGACGCGAACACCGUCGCGUGCUGCAGCAUCGACUCCACCGUGACGCUCUGGGACGUCGAGACGGGGGCACAGAAGACAAAGUUGGUGGCCCACGACAAAGACGUCUACGACAUCGCCUUUGCCUCGGCUCACACCUUUGCCAGCUGCGGCGCCGACGGCUCCGUCCGCUUCUUCGACCUGCGCAACAUGGACCACUGUACGAUUCUGUACGAGACGCAGGGGCUGUCUCCGCUGCUGCGCGUAGCCUGGAACCAGCUCGACCCGUACUUCAUUUCCACCUUCGGCAUCGACAGCCCGGAAGCGGUGGUGAUCGAUAUGCGCUACCCAACCGUCCCCGCCUCGCAGCUCUCGCAGCUCCACCAGCUGCCGGUCAACAGCAUGGCGUGGUCGCCGCAGAAUGCGCAGAACAUCUGCACCGUCGGUGAGGACGGCCUCGUUUGUAUUUGGGAGGCGAGUGCAGAGCGGGGACUCUCCCUCAUGCUGUGCGACUGCGAAGUCCCGAUUAAUAAUGUGGCGUGGCGCCGACCGCAGAACGAAGACUGGAUGGCCAUCACGACGUCAGAGGGGGCGCAGCUGCUCCGCCUGUAG